AUGGCCGAGCAGAGCGUCGCGCACCCAUUCUUCAUGCACAACCACGCCUCGGAGCUGAUCAUCAAGGCUCUUGCGGUCAACGCCGAGGUGGUGGGGCCAGGGAGCCAGAAGCAUCUCCAUAGCUGGCUCCCCAACAGGGACGUUGUGCCAGAGCAGGCUACAAGUGGCGACGCGGUUGUGGUGGCGCAGGACGGGUCUGGCACUUUUCGGACCAUCAAGGAAGCCCUUGAUGGCUAUUGGAAGAGAAAAACAAAGGGGAGAUUUGUGAUCCAUGUGAAGCAAGGGACGUAUCAUGAGUAUGUUGAGAUUCUUCGGGAGAUGAAGGACGUGGAGCUGGUCGGAGAUGGCAUCGGAAAGACGAUCAUCACCGGAGAUAAGAGCUCGAAGUCAGGAUUAAGUACUAGGAAGUCCGCAACAUUUACUUGCACAGGUGACGGAUUCGUGGCCCGCAACAUCACAUUCCGCAACACGGCCGGCCCAACCGCCGGCCAGGCCGUGGCGGUGCACUAGGCCUCCGACCGAUCCGCCUUCUACCGCUGCUCCAUCGAAGGGUACCAGGACACCCUCUGGGCGGACGCCAACCGCCAGCUCUUCGAGGAAUGCCAAAUCUACGGCACCAUCGACUUUAUCUUCGGCAACGCUGCCGCCGUCUUCCAGAAGAGUGUGAUCUACGACCGGGCUCCGUUGCACGGCCAGAAAGUGCUGAUCACCGCACAGAGUCGGACGCAGGUCAACCAGGCGACCGGGUUCUCCAUCUUGAACUGCAGGUUCGAGGCCGACCCCGGCCAGAAGCAGGCGGUGGGGAAGUUCAAGGCGUACCUGGGGCGGCCGUGGAGGGACUACGCGCGCGUGGUGUAUAUGAGGAGCUAUCUCGAUGGGAUGUUGGAUCCGGCGGGGUGGAUGGAUUGGGAUAACAGGGGUAAUACAGUGUAUUAUGGGGAGUAUGAGAACUAUGGGCCCGGGUCAGGGACGAAGAUGAGGGUGAGUUGGCCCGGGAUUAGAGUCAUACAGGAUGUGCACGAAGCGGAGAAGUUCACUGUGACCAACUUUAUCGGUGGUCAACAGUGGCUGCCGCAAUCAGGGGUGCCAUUUAUUGGUGGCUUGUAG